AUGCCUCCGAAAAGGAAGGUAAAAACCGUUCGUCGGAAAAGCUCAUCUCGUAAGAAGAAAGGUCGAAAGAAGAAGAUGUAUUCAUCGAAACAGAGAAAACAAGCAAGUUCAGCGAAUGGAGAAAAUGGUUAUGUUCUACAUGAAGAAAGUCCUCCCCCAGAUGUGCUGGAUCUACCUCGUGAAGUAGAUGUAAAGACAGAAAGACCUGAACUCAGCGCAGAAUUGAAGCUUGUUUGUUCGCAAAAGUUACUCAAUGUGUUUGGACAUCAGAAAUUCUUGAGUAUUCAUCAGAAGUUGGCCAUUAUGUUGGCAUUAAAACGUAUGUACGUUCCUAUUAUCGUUUACUUCAUUUAGAGCCGGCAAUUAUCGGGUAAUUUUAGGUCAAAAUGAUGUGAUGGUUAUCUUCCCGACUGGUUCAGGGAAGUCUUUAGUCUAUCAACUACCCGCUCUUGUCCAUUCUGGAGUUACGAUCGUCUUCUCUCCUUUAUUGGCUCUAAUAGCUGAUCAAGUAAAGGAAUUGCAACGAAAAGGAGUUAGGGCUGAAGAGUUGAACUCCAAUGUAACUGGGGAUAAAUUCAAGAAGAUCAUUGGUGUAAGUAUUUUGUGCUUUGAUUUUAUUGUUUUUAGGAUCUCUCGGACUCGCGCCCCACGAUUAAAAUGUUGUUCAUCACCCCUGAAACAGCUGAAAGGGCGGAGUUCAAACAAGCGCUGAGGAUAAUGGUUGCGAAUGAAACUUUGGCUUACUGGGUAGUGGACGAAGCCCAUUGUCUUUAUAAAUGGGGAUCUCAUUUUAGGUAAGAUGGAAUAAAAUGAUUCUGAAGCUUAUUUAUUAAGGCCCAAUUACAAGAAACUCAUUGAGACGCGUCACUUAGUUCCCGAAAUUCCAUGUCUCGCGUUAACAGCUACUGCCACCAACCUCGUUCAGCAUUAUUUGAAGAAGAAAUUGAACUCCUCCAAACUAGAUAUGCUCCUUGUCAAGGCUCCAAUGUACCGAUCUAACUUAUAUUUCGAUGUCAAAUUUAAACACCAACUCCCAUGUGGACUCGAGAAUGAGAUUGCGGAGUUUGCAAAGAAAGUUCUUUAUCAAAAUGGGACCACUUCAACGCCAAAUGGAUGCGUUCUUGUGUUCACUGUAACCUGCGGAGAUGUGGAUGAUUUGUCUGCAGCAUUGAAGAUGAGGGGCCUAAGGAGUCUUGCUUAUCAUUCCAAAAAACCACAAAAAGUAAGUAGUAAUAAUGAUACGUAAUAUUUUACAGGAGAAAGACGCCAUUUUGGAUGCAUUCCGAGCUGGCAGAGCGCCUGUAAUUGUCUCAACCUCUGGAUUUGGUAUGGGUAUCGAUAAAGCGGAUGUCCGGGCUGUUAUCCAUCAUCGUUUCGCCCUUUCCAUCGAUGAUUAUCUUCAACAAGCAGGCCGUGCUGGCCGAGAUGGAAAGCGAUCUUAUUGUAGAGUCUACUUUGGAAAAGAUGAUCUUAAUCUUUUGUCCUUUAUCUCUCGGGGCGAAAAGAAGAAAUCCUCAGUGGAAGAUGCCCGGAAUUAUUGUAUGGGGAAAGAAUGUCGUCACGUUUUGUUGGCCAGAUCUGUUGGCGAUGUGGUAGAACCAUGUGGAAGGAAUUGUGAUUACUGUCAGAACCCAGAGGUUGUAAAGAAAGCCAUUGAAUUGUGUGAAGCCUCAAGCCCACUUAACGCAAAAAUAGGUGGAAAAAGAGGAAGAGGCGAACUUCUGGGCGACAUUAAGGAUACAUGUAGAAACUACAAAGAAGUGCAUGGCGAGGAAAGCUUUGGACCCUCGAGUUAUAGCCCCAAACAGAAGAUCAUGAAGUUUGAUGUCGCGAAGAGAAAGAUGAGUUAUGUGGAUGCAGAAAAAGGUAAGACUAAUUAUAACUUUUUUUGUAUCUUCCAGCUUCUGGAAAACCAGCAGUUAUCGUGGGCAAAUUCGUAGCGCCUGAAGAUGAUGAUCGUCGAAAGAAGAUGAGAGAUUGGCUCCAGAAGAAGAUCGCAGAGAAUCCCUUGGGCAAGGAUGACUCAGAUGUGGCCUUGGCCAUGUCCUAUGAACUGGAAGACAGGGCAUAUUCGAAUAACUCCUCAUAUCACAACUAUCAAACGAUCAUCACCGGUUAUGUAAUGCAAAUGAGUCGGGAUACAAAAACGGGUUUAAAGUAUAAAAUUCCGGAUCCUUGA